ACGUAUAUACAUCACUAAAUUAUUGAAGAAUAUGUGCAAUAACGCACCGGUAUGAAAUGUUAUGGUAAAGCUGUAUGUCUUAGCUGGAGUCCCCAACUAUACGGUUGUUGUGGAGUAGAAAAAGGGAGGAGGAGGGGAAGGGAAGGGAAAGGGACGCUAACGUCACGUUAAUGGAUAAGUCUAGUGUUGGAUGGUGUACCUGUGUCUGCACUGUGGAGUGGUAGGAGAGAUAGCCUGCAGCUGCUGUCAUUGUCAGCAGGUCAAUGUCCUCGGGCUGCAGGCCCAAGACUUCUCCCACCACGGCGGCCUCUGCGUCCCACUCUAUGGGUGACACAUCGGGCGUUGUCAUGUCCGGCCACACUUCAGAGCGGGCUCUCUACGCCGCAGAGCAGCAUGCGCGUCUGCUGUUGGCUCAGAUGAACAAGAUGCGCCUCCGCGCAGACUUCUGUGAUGUGCGGCUGUGUGUGGGCGGCCGUUUCUUUGGGGUACACAGGCUGGUGCUGGCUGCCAGCGGGCCCUAUUUCGCUGCACUCUUCUCAGGGGCCAUGAGUGAGGCCCACGAGGAAGAGGUGCGCAUUGAAGGGGUGGAGGCCGAGGUGUUUGAGAAGCUGCUGGAGUUUAUAUAUACAGGCUCCAUAGAUGUGACAGUGGACAACGUGCAGGCGCUAAUGGUGGCAGCAGACAUGCUGCAGCUGAGCGAGGUGGUGGCUAUCUGUGGGGAAUUCCUCCGUGGGCAGAUGGAUGCGACCAACUGUGUCGGGAUCUAUCAGUUCCUGGAGCAGAUCGCCUGCAUGGACCUGCUCGAGUUCACAGAAAACUUCAUUCAUGUUCACUUUCUUGAGGUGUGUGCAGCCGAAGAGUUCCCCAACCUGACCAAGGACCAGCUGGUGAAGCUCCUGCGCAGUGAGGAGCUGCGGAUUGAGGACGAGUACCAGGUGUUCACGGCUGCCAUGGACUGGGUGUUACAGGACGUGGCCCGCAGGAAGAAGCAUGUGGUGGAGGUCCUGGACGCAGUGCGCUUCCCCCUGCUGUCCCCACAGAGGCUGUUCAAAUACAUUGAAGGUGUUACUGACUUCAGCCUGCGAGUGGCGCUGCAGACACUCCUGAAAGAUUACACAGAGGUCUCCAAAUCCCCAAAGGAGAACAAGAUCUGCAGCCUUUUGCAGCCAGCCAAAACCAGACCCAGGAGAAAAGCCCGAAAGUACCUUUAUGCUAUUGGAGGGUACACGCGUCUGCAGGGUGGACGCUGGAGCGACAGCCGGGCUCUGAGCUGUGUGGAGCGCUUUGACUCCUUCAGUCAGUACUGGACCACCGUCUCUUCUCUCCACCAGGCACGCAGUGGACUGGGGGUGGCCGUGCUGGAGGGAAUGAUCUACGUGGUGGGAGGCGAGAAGGACUCAAUGAUAUUUGACUGCACCGAGAGGUACGACCCAGUGACCAAACAGUGGGCUGCAGUGGCCUCACUGACUUUCCCGCGUUGUGGAGUGGGUGUGUGCCCGUGUCACGGAGCUCUGUAUGCAUUAGGUGGUUGGAUUGGCUCAGAAAUUGGGAAGACCAUGGAGCGGUAUGAUCCUGCAGAGAAUAAGUGGGAGGUCAUAGGAACCAUGGCUGUGCCUCGCUACUAUUUUGGCUGCUGUGAGCUGCAGGGCUUCAUCUAUGUAAUCGGUGGCAUCAGCGACGAGGGCACUGAGCUGCGCUCAGCCGAGGUGUACGACCCCAUCUCGCGCCGCUGGAGCGCCCUGCCUGUCAUGGUGACCCGGCGUGCCUAUGUAGGCGUGGCAAGUCUCAACAACUGCAUCUACGCGGUGGGGGGCUGGAACGAGGCCCUGGGCUCCCUGGAGACGGUCGAGAAGUACUGCCCUGAGGAGGAGAAGUGGGUAGAGGUGGCGCCAAUGUCGGUGGCACGUGCUGGAGUUACGGUGGCGGCGGUGAACGGACUGCUGUAUGCAGUCGGAGGACGCGUGUCCAGCAGAGACUUCUCCGCCCCGGUGACCGUGGACUCGGUGGAGAUCUAUGACCCCCACUUGGACACCUGGACAGAGAUCGGCAACAUGAUCACCAGCAGAUGUGAUGGGGGUGUGGCUGUGCUCUGAGGAGCCCCUGAGCCUAAUGUGAAUUUAAGGCCCGAGAUGGACCGACGCUUUGCACACAACAAAGGAAUGUGAAGGAUGUGUGUUGUUUCAGUGGAUGGGCCCUUGUGAAAAAACCAGCAGACAAAAUCAGUCCUUCAUGACUUUGAUACACCAUCAUUAUCAGAGACUUGGAGAACUUUACGAUCAAACAUUUCAUUUCAGAGUACAUUGCCUUCAACAGAAUCUCCAACGAACUCUAGUGUUGCCAUCACGUCCGUCUGUGAUGGGCGUUUACAUGAGACUGUAAACCUUCAUCUCAUUAUUGCUGCCAGACUAUUUAAACUUCAUAUCUCACUUUCUACUUGUUUUAGCACAUUGUAUGUGUUGUCUCACUGAGACAGGUUUUUCCUGUCUCUAAUCUCAGAUCCUGGAAUGAAAAAAUACAAGGCCUCCCCAUUACAGUUUAGCACCAUCACACAAUAUAGUUUAGGUUGUCUUGUGGAACACAUGGCAGCACAUCAUCAACCUUACAAAAUGUUGAAUGGGAACAGAAUCUAACCUUUCAAAGCAUUUCAGCUCAUUUAGAUUCAAAGAGUAAUAUAUCUUUUCACAUAGUGAAGACUCUGAAUGUGUUGAAUGUUACAACUGAUGAAGCUGUGUGCAGUGGAACACCUGUCAGACGAACAUGAAUUUAAAAUAAUAUUUUGAACCA